GUUUAGAAUUUAUUAUUUUAAAUAAAUAUUAUAUAAUUUAUUAUGUAUUAUUAAAAUGAAUUAAAAAUGUUUUGCCCGCAAAAGAAUUCUUAUUUGCAACUUGUUUGCGCGAUGAAUCCACGAAUUAUAAACAAGGCAGUAGACGUGGCAAUGCAACACAAACAUUUUGAUCCUCACACAGAAAUCCCGCCAGCUCAAAGACUAGAGUCAAUGCAGCCGUCUCUGUACGCACCGCACGUGGACAUAACCCGCGCCCGCUUAGGUUUCGGACGCGUCGGCCUCAGACUCAUCAAUAGAGAUCUACACUCGUCAGAUUAUCUCGUUCAGUUGCAGGCUAUACACAGUGUAUUAGAUCAGGUGCAAAUAUCAGAGAAUGCGAUGUUCCUAAUCAAUUUACAAGUAGUUUACCGUCUAAUAGAUCUGAUGCAAAACAAGAAUCCGGUAAUACGAGAAAAGGUAUGUCUAAUACUAACUUCCCUAGCCAACUUCCACCAAGGACGAAAGCAAAUCAUGACACGAGCAAAAAUUUUCGAUAACCUAAUGUGGUUAAUUAUGAGAGAUAGGAAAGAAAUACGAUAUGCCGCGUCGUACACCCUGAAGACUUUAACGAGGGACAGGUGUUCAAGCGCAAUCAUUAUCGAAACGGAGAAUAUUAUAGAAAAUUUGCUUAAGAUGGUAAAAACUGAGCACGUCGGAAUUGCGAUAUUGCAUCUCAAGACAUUGGAGAAUCUAAUAGAUUGGAACCAAGUUCCAGCUUUGAAAGCGAAUGCUUUUCAAAUCAUGUUAAAACUUUUAGAGAAUUCCGAUCCGAGAAUUAUUUGUGGAGCGAUGGAUUGCUUGGCACAAAUAUGCAAACAUGAUAUCGGUAAGAAAUUAGCGGACGUUUAUGAUUUGACCAACUCAUUGAGACCUUACUUGGGAUCACAGUCUAUCGAAGUCAGGAUUAGCGCUGCGGGUUUAUUGGGUUACACCACGUUGACGACACGGUCUAAGUGGCGGGCCAGAGAGUUUUGUGGCGACUUGACCAAGCGUCUGAUGAUGUUGUGCAUUUUUUCUAACAAACCGACUUUGCAAUUGAGAUGUAUGUAUGUUUUGAUAAACCUUUGCGACUGUCCCGAUAUCAGACACCAUAUGAAAACUCAUUGGGAGAAAAAAGUUGAAGCGAUCAAAAUUAGGAGUCACGAAGAGUGGGACGGCACGAGCGAGACCACUAGCUACGGAUUAGAGACUGGGCACAAUUACAGAACAAUGAGCAUAGAAGGGGUCGAAACUAUUAAAAACAAUUACGGCGAUAACGCUGAGGUCAUAAACAUUUACAGUUAUUUAAAACGAUUACAUGAAAUAAAAUCGAACUUAUUGUAUGCAAUCAACUGGAAAUCAUAUAAAAAUUAAUCACAAUCAUAUAUAAUUAUAAAUAAAACAACACGAUCAGUGUUUGAGCAUUUAUUGAAAUUAUACAUUGAAUUACAUUUCGUAUUUUAAUUUGCUAAAUGUUUGUGCCAUCAUUGGCGUUCUUACGACUAUUCCUUCGGUA